AUAUCUAGAAAACAUCAUAUUUUAGAAAUUGUCAAAUGAUGUUCAGAAUGCAAAUGAUACGAGAUUUAAAGGACCUUAUAUUUCAUUUUGAAGUUGUUUCAUUUCUUAUACUAUAAGCUAACCCGGAAGAAGAAAUAAACAAAUAUCAAGUUUUUAUGUGUUUGACCUGUAAACUAUAAAAGUAACAAAGCAGGAAUUUCUGAUUUUGUUUCUUUCCGUGUUGUAAUAACGGAUCUGGAAUAAAUCAUGGCUGUUUUUCAGUGGUCUUUUCUUCUGUGUUUCUUCAUUUCUCACUGGAUAUCAACUACUGCAGGGGAAUCCUACGUAUGUACUGUGUGCAAGUGUACCAGUUCGAAUAACAAAUUAAGAAUAGACUGUCGUGACCGAUUCAAGGUGGGGUUUAACAUAACUUUAUUUCCGAAAAACACAGUCUGGAUGGAUCUAAGUGGAAAUAACAUAGAGGGAAUAGAUUGGAGAUUUCCGAAAAAAGUCAGACAUAUUGAUUUGUCAAGAAACUGCAUCUCAUCUCUCCAUGGUAAGCCAUUUGAAAGACUAAUUUUUCUGAGAUAUCUAAAUCUCGAACAAAACAAGAUAACAUUUUCUGAAUCUAAUUAUUACCCAGACGUAUUUAUACACCUUGAACGUUUGCACACAUUGAAUAUCAAAAACAAUUCUAAGACGUCCGUGAGUGCACACAAUAUUGAUACAGCCUUCUCAAAGCUUGUGUCUCUAAAAACACUGAAGAUGGAUCUACCAUUCAAUGUCUCCUUUGGAAGUGGGUUUAAGAAUCUGAAGAGUCUUUCGAGACUCGAUGUAUCGGGAAUAACAGGACAAUGCAACAUAGUGUAUCUUUCUGGAAGUUUUUUCCAAAAUACACCUUUUUUGAAAGAAAUUGAUGUCAGUGACUGUCAAAUAUCCAACGCUGAGAAAGGGCCAUUCAUAUAUCUAAGCCACUUGGAAAAACUGGAUAUUUCUCACAAUAAAGAGCUAGGAUUCUCCUCUCUGCCGAAUAUAACGUGGGGAUUGAAUCAGACGUCAAUAAGAACUUUUCGUGCAGAUGACAUCCAUUGUUUAAUUGGCAUCGGAACACAGCUAACUAUGUCACACAUUGAACAUUUGCGCCAAACGCGACUUGUUGAGAUUUCCUUUGCACGAAAUAGGAUGGAGUUAAUUGGAAAAGGUGUUUUGCCCCAUAUGCCAGAAACGCUGGAAAAGCUGUCAUUUGGUUUAAAUCGACUUACUACGGGUAUAUACCUUUUUGAAUUUCAUACUCUGCGUAAUUUGAAGGAAUACAAUAUGACUUUACUCUUGAAAUCUCAGAAAUAUUAUGCUUCUAUUUUUGAAAAUUGUAUUGAGAAGAGGGAUUCAACUAUAUCAAUAGGAUUAUUAAAUGAAAUUGACAAAAGAGAUGGGCAAGGAAUGUUGAAUUAUUGGAAGCCAAAUAUAACAUGGUAUUUUCCUCCAAAACUUGAAACAUUGUUCGCAAAUUCUAGCAAACUGUACAUGGAAUUUCCAGCAGUGAUAAUUAAUGCAACGAGCUUGAAAAACGUGUAUUUUCAAAACAAUAUGCUAUUCGAGUGGAAUCUUCCUGUGUUUGGAGCGGAGAAGCUGGAAAGGAUUGACUUAUCGAAUAAUUUCUGCUCUCGUAUGUCACCACACUUUACUAAGACUGCGACUGGCCUGAAAUACAUGAAUAUCGCGAGAAAUAUGUUGGCGCGUUCGUUAAAAGCUGACCAAAGAUGUCAAUUAUUCAGAAAUCAACGUCGGAUCGAGGAAUUUGAUUUUUCGGAUAAUAGACUUGUUCAUCUACCGAUUUGUACUUUUCAGAACAUGGCGAGAAUGAAAAUAUUAAGACUUAAUAACAAUCAGCUGACGGGUGUUAAUAUCAGAAUUCGCCAUAUGAUUAACCUUUCUUUUGUUGAUCUUUCAAACAACAGACUAACAACAUUUACGGACGAAACUAUUGAAGAAUUUAACCAACUGUUUGCGAAAACAAAGGUUUUGAUAAAUCUUAAAAAUAACAAAUUUCAAUGUACAUGUGAAAAUUUUGAUUUUCUAAGCUGGAUGAAUCAACACAAGCACCAUUUCCUUCAAAUAGAGAAGUAUGUUUGCUCUGAUCAGAAUAAUAGAUUUGAUUUUCGGAAAUUGGAACAAUCUCUUCGUGAACUAAAAAUUCAGUGCAUGAAUUUAGAAAUGUGGAUUGUUAUCGGGUGUGUCAUGAUAACUCUUGUAAUUUGCGUAAUAGCUGUUUUGAUAAUCAAGAAAAAUAUUUGGCACAUUAGAUACUUUCUGCAUAAGAAUCCAAGAGGGGGAUCUUGAAGUAUAUAUAAAGGACUAGAGGAUGGAAGUCAAGAACCCUUGCUUGUAGCAGACGGGCGGAAUUCAAACGCUCGCGAAGUAUCUAUGAAUUCUGAAAACUCCAUAACUGAAAACCAGCAAAGGAGAAUACGCUAUCCCUAUGAUGUAUUCAUAUCUUAUGUCGGAGCGAACAGAAAAUUCGUCAUGGAUGAAGUGAAACCGAGAUUGGAGGAGAACGGAUUGAAAGUAUUUAUCCGUGAUAUUGACUUUGAAGCUGGAGAUAAUAAAAUUGACAAUAUCAUGAGAGCUCUUGGGAAAAGCAGCAAAACCAUAUGUGUGGUGUCCAAACCCUACUUAAAAUCUAAAUGGCGAACUUACGAACUGAAUAUGGCGAAAAUGGAAGGAAUGAAAGCAAGAGGAUCUCUCCGAUAUGUUCAACUUAUAUUAAUGCCUGAUCUGUUUAAAGAGAGUACUAGUUGCAACACGAAAAUCAGAGAUUUGAUUGACCAGAAAUGUUUCCUUGAAUGCCCACCCAAGGAUUCGUCUCUACAAGAUAUAUUCUGGAGAGAUCUUAUUAGUACUAUUAAAAGUCCUCACUGACUAAGUUACUUAACAUGGAAUUGAUAUCAAUAGUAUUCAGUAUGAUUGAAAUGAUAUGUAAAAUUACACGUGAAUCACUUCAUAGUUUUGGUCUGAUACAUUUAUUCAUUAUUAAUUAAUUUAUUAUAAUUAUUAUAAAUUCAUAUUGCGCUUUACCAAAUCAAUACUAUCCUAAAGCGCUUUACAUAUCAAAGCAAACUAAAUCUUAAGGACAAUAAAUAUAUCAAAGACUUAAAAUAAUAUUAAAGUGAAGUAACUAAGAAUACCUAUUUUAACUACAGAUUACUUCGAUACCUUAUGCUACGGUUCUUAGCGGAUAUGAAAUGUAAAGAACUGAUGCUUACUCUCCUCUUAUAUACCUAAACCCUCAACUGCUGUGUCUAGUGUUUCGUGUUUACUCUGAAUUUUGUAUUCUGUAUAGGAAUGAUGUUAUUGGUCACUGUACGUUACAUUUAUUUUUCCAUUUUUAAAUGACAUAUUUAUACAACAUUUUUAUUGGUGUUUCUUGUUCCCUAGGGUGCAAUCCGCUAUCUGACUCAUUUAAUAAUCAGAUGCUGUACAAAGCUAUAGGUUUUUAUAAUGUAAAUAUUAACUACUGUAAGCGAGAUUCACGUAUAUUACACCUGAGAUGGAAAUAGGAUCUAACAAAUUUAUUCCAUUUUGAGAAUUUUUAUUGAAGUUAGUUUUAGGAAUGUUUGUAACGCUGAUAUGGUGUAUGUUUAUAUUAACUGCAUUGGCAAUACUAGUAGUGGCCCGAGUUAAGUUCACGCAUGUGCACUCUUAUAUAUUACUUGAUUUUAUGUAAUAUAUCCAUAUCUAUUUCGUCUUAAACUAUUUUCUUUCUCAAAUCCUUUGUGUUAUGAGAUGUUAAUAAAUUCUAAUGUGCAAUGACA